CUGUUCCAAUAUAGUUUUAGCUCAGGUCCGUGUUUAUGUCGUUUGUUCUAAAAAUGUAGGGUUCGUUUUAAUUAAAUAUGUUCCGAAGUUAGUAUGUGGCGUUAAAAUUGCCGAUUCGUGUGUUGUGAACAAUUUUUAAUUAGCUUUUAUGAGAUCGCUAUUGAAUUGACGAAAUGAAAAUAGGGAAACUGUAACAAAUGAAUCGAAAACAUGUAAACGGUGACAUGGAUUCAGGUUUGGGCAGUGACGAGGACCGUAGGGGUCGUACGAAAGAACAAAAACAACUACAUAACCAACAACUGCUUAGUGGGUGUUUCAUUGAUGCAGCCACCCUGUCAGACGAACCUGCUGAAGCUGUCGACCAGCGACGAAACGAUGAGCGGCGGCAAGGAGCCAUCGUAUUCCAGUCUUCCAUACCUCAAUUCUCAAUGCUUCAGAUGUCCAGCUCAAUGGAAGAGAGGGAGUUUUGUUCUCCCAGAAGUUUAUCGAAUUAUCCUGAUACCAAUACACCUUACAACUCUAUAGUUCAAUUGGAGGGGCAUGAAGGGCAAGACGCGUCUUCAAAGGCCAAAAUGCCCUUAGGGUUCUAUGUUGAUCUUAGUGAAGUGCCUGAUGAUCCUGUCCCACCAUCAACAUCAACUAAAAAGAAUAUCUUUUCCAUGGUUAUCGACUUUGAAGGACCAAAAAAGGAUAAACCAAAUAAACUUAGCUCCUCUUUUAUAGCACAUAGAAAGAAUAAACUGAAUAAGAAUAGCCCUUCGGUAAAGUGCAAUGGCAAUAAAAGCCUUUCAUCAAGUGUUAGCUCAGUGAGCUCAUUGUGCAUAGCCGGUACAAGCAGGCAAGUUGAUGAGUAUGAGUCCAUAACUGCCAACAGCAACAAAGAUCAUGUGAACAUUGAAGUUUUAAGCGCAUCAUUGGUCAACAAGCUGUCUGCGUCAUCAAAAUCAUCAAGCAGUGACAGUGGGAAAGAUAUAAUUGAAAAAAGUGAGGAUGAGCCUCUUGGGGAGAUAUUAAUUCUUCCCGAUACUGAGAAUAAUAACAGGGAUGUACCUCUUGUAACAAAUGGACCAAUAGAUCAUUUUGAAAAUACAAUCACCGAACCCUGCGAAGAAACUAACCAAGUAAAUGACAAUAAUAAAACUAACGAGAAAGAAGAUUCGCAACUGUUACAAAAUCCUCAGACAUGUCCGCAACAAUUUGUGAAACUGUCGGACUUGGAAUGCCAAAAACCGAAAGUCGAGAUCGAUUUCACUCCCCGAAUGAGCAGGUCGAUCCCGGAGAGCCACUGGGUAGAAAGUCCGUUCCUCAUGUCAAGGUCCGCGUGCUAUAGGAGCGCGCCGCAUCCCAUAGAACCCGAACCAAGCGAAACCACUUCGGAUUCGGACAGUGCCAUAACAAAUUCCAGCAGUACGCUGCAACCAAAGAAAGCCGUGCGUCGCUUAGGUACGGACCUGCUACGUAUGUUCCUGGAGGAAAUCGGACCAGACGUAGUCGUGGACGUAGACGGGCGCAAAAUUAAGGCCCACAAAUGUAUUUUGUCUUCGAGGUGUCAAUAUUUCGCUGCGUUAUUGAGCGGCAAUUGGCUAGAAAAGUCUGGGAACGUGAUAUCCCUACAGGGUUUUUCGUACGAAACAGUUUAUUUCUCGUUGUGCCACAUAUAUAGCGGAGCGGCUCACGUACCUGAUUCGAUUAGUUUAGUCGAAUUGUCGUCCCUGGCCGACAUGCUGGGAUUAGAGGGCUUGAAGGAAGUCGUCGAGCAUGCGCUCAAGCAACGUCAUUGCCAUAAUUUUCAUAAACCAUGCGCUGGGUGUUGCACCGGAGUCCUAGAAGUCCUCCCUUUGGCGGCCGCUUACGGCCUCGACGAUCUAUAUCAGAAGUGUUUGCAUUGGAUCACCCUGAAUUUCGUGAGGGUGUGGCCGAGUCGCGCUUUCGCCAGCUUGCCGCGUGAACUUCGCGAAAAGUGCUACCAGCAGCACGUGAUACACAUGAGCCCUGACAAGGUUUUAGAAACGAUGGCAAAUUGCGACAAAGUGCUAAUCACGCUCCCGGCUUUGAGAUGGGCGGAGCCCGUGAACCAGCUGGUGUUGCAGCUUGCGGACGCUUGUCAUUUGUACCACAGGCAACAUUUUGCGUCGGUAUUGGCUUCACCUUCAUUCCACUCUCUCGAUUCGGGAUUCGGAUUCGGCGCGUGCCAAGUAGAGGAUCAAAUGUUGGCGGCCGCUAAGAACUUGAGCGCCGAGCAAGCUUGCAGGAGUUACGCUCGCAUCUGCAAGAUGGUGGAUCAGCACUGGUCUAGACCAUUUGCCGAUUUGCUUAACAAGAUCAAACUGCAGCUCGAACAGUGCUUAGUUAAUCAAUCCGACAGACUGAUUAGGAGUCACGCUUGGCUCAGAUUAGAUACAGCAUUAAGGACUAGAAUAAAGGAACUGACUCCUACCAGUGAACCUCAAAGUCGACUACCUCGUGCCAUGCCCAUAAGAAACAAAAAGCUGCCUAUCACGCAUAGUCCGAUGAUCUCGUCAUCAGACUCUUCCAGAAACUCGAGCCCGGCGACCAAUCAGCUAGGCAAAACUAACAAUAACUCCGGAAGUCCGUCGCUUAGGCGAAGCCUGUUGUUAGCGGCAAAAACUCCCCAAGUACCUCCGAGUCCGUCAGCCAAUCGCAAAAGUACACUCACGCAACCGACGGCCGCUAGCGCGGCGAAGUCCGCUUCGUGCAGGACAGUGAGAACAGCGCCGCCGUCGGCGGUAGUCCAAAAAAAUUCCCCUAGGAUUUCGACGAACGGCCAAAUCAGACCGUCCUCGUCUCACGGCUCAAUGACCAGCAGCACUUACAGUCAAAAGUCGGUACCGUCUAAGCGGAGCUCGUCGUCUGUAUCGCGAAACUCGAGCCUGGGCAAGAAGGACAUGCCUUCCAACCUCUCAUUUCGGAGACCUGAAAGUCGAUCUAAUUCACCUCUCAGGCCCGAUAGCAGGACCAGCUCGCCCAGAAAGCACGACAGUAGGGUAACGUCACCAAUAAAGGCGAGCGUCGCCUCGACCGUGAGAAGCGCGUCACUGACCCCGAGAACUGUAAAAUCUGCGGCAGCCACUUUGAAGGCUAAACAAUCCACUACAGUCACAAGGAAUUCGCCCAUCGUUACAAAAAUAGACAACAGGCCAAAACCGCCCAGGAGACAAAGCAGUAAUGAAGAGCAAACAAAACCCAGUGUUACAGUGCCCACUUUGCAAAGAUCUGGGACAUUUGUUAAGGAGGAGCCUUUAGUUUUAGGAAAGGCGGUAUAAUGCAUUCCUUUACAUAGUCUACUACCACAAUUGUAACAUU